AGAGGUUGGGCUUCCUGUUUUCCUUUGGCGGUUUUUGCCGCGGUGUAUGGAGUUUGCACCAACAUGGGCAGCAGAAAGACCCCCAUACGGGAGGCCGACGACCCAGCGCGUAAUGAGGACAUGGGGGAUGCGGACGGGGACAACGGGAGCCGUAGACAGAUCCGGCAGGACUAUAGAGAGCUCAUACAAAACGUGAUGCAUAACAGGGAGGACAUGCUGAGCUCUAAAAGUAACAAGCUGACGGAUACUCUUGAGAAUGCCAACAAACUCUUUUCAGCGGUAUCUCGCCCCAGAGAGGCCGCGCUUGAUGCUCAGUUACUGGUUUUGGCGUCAAAUAUUGGGAAGGAGAAAGCCUCUCAGCUUCACACAGACAUGGCUGUGUUUGAUCCUACAUCCUUCGCAGAAGACCUGCUGUCAUUCAUGGGUAUAAAUCGCAUGGAAAAUCCAGAAAGUGAUAGUGAAGAUGACAGUUUUGGAAAGGGGUAUUUGCCAGCAGACGCUUGGCAUAAACUAGGAACUGAGGCUGAUAAAUAUUUCAAAAGAACUCCAACGUUUCACUAUAUGUUAGGGUCCUUCAAGGCUGAACCUCCAGUUGUUCGACAACGAAUUGAAAGGCAGAGGAAGAACAACAAAGCAGAGGAGAUGAGAGUGAUGCCAGCUCAAUUGAAAAAAAUGGAAGAGUCUCACCAGGAAGCAACAGAGAAGGAAGUGGAACGAAUCCUGGGAUUCCUCCAGACUUACUUCAAAGAUGACCCGGACACUCCAAUUUCUUUCUUUGAUUUUGUGAUUGACCCAAACUCUUUUGCUCGUACAGUUGAGAAUAUUUUUCAUGUCUCCUUUAUAAUCAGGGAUGGAUUUGCUGCAAUAAAGCUUGAUUUUGAUAAGCUACCUGUAAUAGAACCCGUAGCUCAGGAGAACGAGUCAAACAUGGACAAGGACAAUCAGCCUAGGUAUCAGGGUGUCAUAUCGCUCAGCCACCAGGACUGGAUGGACAUCAUAAAAACGUUUGAGAUUACUGAACCCAUGAUUCCUCCACCAUGAAGUGCCAUAAAA